GAGGGCUGGUGAGAGACAGGCAGCGCCCGCUUAUCACACGCGCACUCCUGCAAAACAACACCAGUCUUAAUCUAAAACGAGACUUUUAUUAACGUGGCGUCACUCCAAUUAAAGCAUCGCGGAACAACAUGAAUCUGCUCAUACUGGCAACUCUUUUCUCAAUGGUUUUGGCCGAAAAAUCACCUCGGCUGAAAUUCACCGUAAUGGAGUCACCUCGGUUUCGCUUCAUGAAACCGGAGAACUACACAACGGUUUACCACCUACAGGAAACUGAUGUCCUGUAUGUGGGGGGCCAAGGGGUCAUCUAUAAGCUCACCUUCAGUGAUAAAGGAGUGCAUGACACGCAGAUCCAUGCGGUAAUGGAUGAGAAUGCAAAAGAGACGUGUGUCUCUAAAUCCCCAGCAUGGAAGCAAGAGUGUGCUAAUUUCAUCACAGUAAUUGAGAGAGUUGGUGAUUCGUUCGUGGUGUGUGGGACAAGAGCAGGUGCUCCUAAAUGUUGGCUCCUGGUAAAUGACAGUGUAUUGACGGACAUGCCGGAGGAAACAGCAGCGUCUAACAUCUUGGCACCUUUCCCUUUUCAGCGGUCCAUCAGUCUGUCAGCAGGUAGAAGGAGGAUGGGAAUGGAGAAAGGGAAAAGAAAGGAUAUAAUGCAAGGAAGACGAGAGAGAAUGUUAUUUGUUCAAAUUUUUCAUUUAGUUUUACUUUUGAGUUACUUUCACAAAAAGCAGCUGAAGACAGAGAAUAAAUGGUUACAGAAUCCCCAGUUUGCAGGAGCCGCUGUGAUACCACACACAGAGAAACUCAAAGAUGAGAUCUAUUUCUUCUUCAGUGAGGUCAACAGUACAGCCAGUCUAGAUGAAGAGCCAUACAGGGCUCGCAUAGGGCGAGUCUGCAUGGUUGAUGAGGGAGGGCUUCAGAACGUGCUGCCAAACUCCUGGACUACGUUCCUGAAGGCACGUGUGAUGUGUGGGAAAGCUGGAACUCCUGUACAGUACAACAACUUCAAGCAGGCUUUCGUUCUGUCCUCUCAUCAACGCACUGGGUUGAUAUACGGCAUCUUCUCCAAUGUUUGGAACACCACUGUAGUGUGUGCCUACUCCAUUGAAGACAUUGACCAAGCCUUUUCUACAUCCAAACUAAAGGGCUACAACUCACCUUUGUCAAUUCCCCGUCCUGGAACGUGUGCCUUUAGGAAUAACACUCAGGCUCAUACCCAAAAGAUCCUGACUGUGAUCAAGGAUCACCCUGAGAUUGAGGACAUGAUCAUCCCGGUCGACGAAGCUCCUCUAGACCUGCCAGUUCAAGACCACUUCACACAUAUUGUGGCAGACACAGUCUUGGCUGUCAAUGAUGAACACUACAGCAUCAUUUAUCUGGGCACAGAGAAGGGAAAAGUCCUGAAGGUGCUGCAUACCAUAGAAGGAGCCUUUAUCAUAGCACAGUACUCUUUAUUCCACGAUGAUAGUCCCGUUAUCAACAUGGCCAUUGACUCUAAAAAGGGUCAUCUGUAUAUUGGCACAGAGCUUGAGGUGCAGCGCAUCCCCCUGGCUGACUGUGGUCGUUACGGAGCCAGCUGCCAGGAAUGCAUCCUUUCACGAGAUCCAUAUUGUGCGUGGGAUGUGUCCAAGAAGAAAUGUACUGCAAUCCCACCAGACUACAACAUUAGCACUGGAACCCUUGUUCAGACCCUUGACCACUCCAAUGCCUCGGUCUGUGGCUAUGCUACAGCUCCUAAGGCACGUAGCACCAUCCCCAAACAGGUUUUAGUGGAUAAAGAUGGACCCGUCCUGCUACCGUGCCCCGUGCGCUCCUAUCAUGCCACUUACCGCUGGGAGAAAGACAACUGCAUCAAGCAAUAUCCUUGCACCAUCUCCGGCUCCUCCUGUGUGCUGGUGCCCACCCCUGACCUGCCUCUGAAGGAGGGCGUGUUCCGCUGCAUGGUGGAGGAGAGCGGCCUGCAGCAGGAGGUGGUGUCCUACAAGCUGGUGUUCAACAGUGGGCCCCUCUCCACCUCGCUAGCCUCCACCCUGGGGUCGACUCUGCUGCUGGCUGCCACGGCACACUGGCUCCUGUAGAUCCAAUGAAUCCUGGGGGCUCAAAAGGAAACAAGUUUAAUACUAAGGUCAGCAGAGCAUGAGUACCUAGGCCGGUCCGACUAAACCCCAGGGGAGCAGCUGGUCUCUGUAUAAACUGUGUUUCUUGUUUCUUAUUCAGAGCAAUCACAAGUUUAUUCUUUUCUUUAAAGGGCCGAGAAAAUGCCUGAAAUCGUCUCAUUUUGCAAAAUGCUUUAUCAUACCAAACUUCAGUGUUAUGUAAAACAUGAACUUAUGUAAGUGAACUAUUUCAUGCCAUCAGCCUGAAAGCAUUUAGACUUAUAUACUGUAUAUUCAAUAUCUAAUACAUGAGAUUUGUACUGCAUAAUACAUUGCUUGCAAAAUGUUAGUGCCAUCAUUCAGAUGUUUCAGAGGACUGCUUUGCUAACUACACUCAGACAUGGAAUCCAGAUCAGUUAUUGGUUAAUUUUCUUAGCAACACCACUUUUCAGAAAGGUUCAGUUACAUAAGUUAAGAAUAGGGUAUCGCGAACUAACUAUGAAGAAUUUUUACAGCAUUUAGCAACCAGGGUUAAUUUACUAUUAUUUAAUAUUUAAUAUGCUAUUAUUCAUUGUCAAUUCAUGUUUGUUCAUAAUACAUUAACUAGACAGACUGCACACUAUAUAAAGGUGAAAAAAGUAAAACAACAUUUCUUCAUUUAAACAACUUGAGAUGCUAAAAUGCAUUAGUGUAUGCAGAAAUUAACAUUUUAUUCAUUUAUGUGGUUCAUUUUUAGUUCAUGUUACCUAAUGAUUUAACCAAAUUGAACCUUAUUUUAAAGUGUUACUCUUUCGUUGGUAUGUAGAAUUGCUACAGAUGUGUUAGAUGUGCGAGUACAUGCUGAAACAUGAAUAUAUUGUUAUAAAUCCUUCGACUUUUCCAUUGUGUGCCAUUAGGACAGUUCUGAAGCCUUAAAACAAGGAUGAGUCCCUUUUAAGCUUUAAGGGUCACAUCCUAAGCACAACUUGCAAACUGAGCAGAACCUGCAGAAUCUGCUGGCUUUGUCUUUCCAUUGAGUCAAUCCGACCUAACGCAGAAUGUUAUUUCAGCACGAUUUCAGGAGUACAUACAGCUGACAUACAGUUUACGCCUGUUUGGCAAGUUUGAAAUCACUCACCAACCACAAUUAGAAUUGUGAACUGAAAAACAAAUCCAUGCAAAACUGACACAGAUUCAACUACUUUUGCUCAGUGGAUGGACAGGAAGAAUAACCAGAAUUCAUAAUGACCGGAUUUUACAGUUUAUCUCAGUACAUCACUGUGUUUAACAAACAGACAUAAACACUCUUGCAUCCUUGAUGCCUGUACUUUUCAUGCUCAUGAAAUACAUUUUUACAUUUCGCGGUCAAUAAGCUUCAGUACAUGUAACAUGGAGUUGCAUUUUGUAGUCGCAGUGUACAGAGGCUUAAUUAUGCUGUAGUUUUAAUUGUAAUGCUCUGCUUAUGCUGUUCUUCACCAUUGCUGCCUAUGGGAAUAGGACGUAUUCCUGAUGGAUCUAAACAGUCAUCCUGCACUAAGGUGCUCAGAGUGUAAAUCUGUCAGCAUUUUACUUCAUAACAUUUCAUUUGAUCAUGACUUCAGCCAAUCAAACUUUUGGGUGGUUAUCUUAUACACAUUACAGAAAGGAACAAAUAAAAACGCUCAUACAAGAACAUUCUAGCACACUUCUAAUCAUCAUCUGCACCUCUAACACACCCCACCACUAUUUCUGUUUUUCUCCCUCUUUCUCACUCAGAGCAACUGACCCCAAAUGCCAAUUUUGUCUUUAACCUUGCUCUUUCCUCACUAUAUUUUGGGAGCAGGACAAUGGUGUUAUGAAAGAAUUGAUCACUAAUUAACCAGAAGUGCAUUGUGUUUUCAGAUGAUGGAUGUUGUGACUUUGUUUUUGUAUUUAGUUAUGUAGUUAUGUCUUGUGACGCUCUGUUUCUUGCUCUGCUGUUGACAUACUGUAAUCUGCCAAUCCUAAACUAAAAGGAGCCGGGGUUUUUUUUUUUUUUUUACCUCAGUUUGAAUCUCUGGGUUGACGUUUGGGCAAACCUAAGUGUCAUAAAUGAAAGCCAUGUAAAUAGUCCUGGGACUGACUGCAGUGUUGCUUUACACAUUAGUGCAUUAGCUAUAUAUGGUAGCGUGUGCUAACCUUCUGUUUGCAUGCAUGCUGAAUGCCACAGCACUGUCACCCUCUCUGUGUACUCGUACCUCUGUCUCUUGGCCUAAUGUGCUACACUGCACUAAAUGAAGGAACGUUGUAGUGCCAAACCAAUGUUGUGUCAUUUUCGUCAAAGAGCUUUUCUAACUUUUCCACUGUGCUUCGAAGCCAAACGUUUACCUUUCUUGACACACAUAUAGCAGUAUCUAAAUAUACACACACCGACACACGCACACACUCUAAAAUACUUCUGGCAGUGUAAGUGACACAGGGCCCUUCAAUGUAGAUGACACAAAGUAACAACUGUAAACAACUGUUACAUGUUAUGUUUUUAAAUUAUUUUUUUUGCUCUGUAACUGGUGUUUAAGGCCAUUGUGUUUUUAUUGUCUGUCUGUCAUUUGCUAUGCCUUGUGUUUUUUCGCCCGAGACUUGUGGCAGGGAGUGUUUUCUCAUGUAGGGACGCUCAGCACGGUUUACUGCUCAAAAGCAUCUUGCAGUUGUGUAAGCUUGCACUUAAUAAUUAAUAUUUAUAACUGGUUACCAAAAGUCAUAGCAAUUUUUUUCUAAAGGGAUUGAAGACAUUGUAAAAUACAGAAACAUAUAAUUAUACAUUAAAUGUUUCCCUGAAA